UUUUAUUUCUCUAUUCAUUUAUAUUAUUCCCAUAAUAAUCAAAAUCCCAUUUCAUUUCAUUAAUAUAUACAUGUACACAUAGAUAGAAGUGGAGGAAUAACCAAGAAAAAAAUUAAAAAAAUGUGUAAUAAAGUUUCAAAUUUUAUUAAUUUAUUAAUUCAAUUUAUUUAAUUAUUUAAAACAAAUAUACUACUAAUAACUAUACCUUACCUUUGGUGAACAAAAACUACCCACAUCUUCCCCUGUUCUAAAUUUUUAUGUAGAUCUCUCCCACCCCUUCUUCUUCUUCAUUUCCAUUAAAGGGAAUCUGGAAAUCUACUCGAGAUUGAUGAUUGUGGGAUCCGAUUUUCAAGAUUUUAGUUCUUGAUUACUAUUAUAGUAAUCUGAUCACUAUUUUGUGCACGAAUUUUAUCAAGAUAAGUUGAAUUCAGUUGAGAAUUCUACUCAUUUCAUGGCAAUUCAACAUGGGGUUGUGGAAAAGAUUGAAAUCGGAUUUCGGUAAGCUGUUUAUUGGUGGGAUAUCUUGGGAUACCGAUGAGAGUAGAUUGAAAGAGUAUUUUAGUAGUUAUGGUGAAGUGGUGGAGGCUGUGAUCAUGAGGGAUCGAAUCACUGGCCGUGCUCGUGGAUUUGGUUUUGUAGUGUUUGUUGAUCCUGCUGUUGCUGAAAGAGUUGUGUUGGAGAAGCAUAUGAUCGAUGGUCGAACAGUUGAAGCGAAGAAGGCGGUUCCUAGGGAAGACCACCAUGGACUUAAUCGAACCAAUAAUAGUAUUCAAGGAUCACCGGGUCCUGGAGGGCGUACAAAGAAGAUAUUUGUAGGUGGUUUAGCAUCAACUGUUACCGAGAGUGACUUUAAGAAAUACUUCGAUCAAUUUGGUGGAAUUACAGAUGUGGUGGUGAUGUAUGAUCACAACACUCAAAGGCCAAGAGGUUUUGGUUUCAUCACAUUUGAUUCGGAAGAAGCGGUGGAACGUGUAUUACACAAGACCUUUCAUGAACUCAAUGGUAAAAUGGUUGAGGUCAAACGGGCUGUUCCAAAAGAGUUAUCACCGGGGCCCAACCGGAGCCCAUUGGUUGGGUUUAACUAUGGGUUAACCAGACCUAACACAUUCCUUACCAGUGCCUACCCACAAGGUUACAAUAUGAGCCCAAUUGGUGCUUAUGGAGGUCGAACCGACAGUCGUUUUAGUCCAAUUGCGGGCGGCCGAAAUGGGUUCUCUCCAUUUGGGUCAUCUGGUUAUGGGAUGGGUAUGAACCUUGAACCAGCUUUAAGCCCUGGUGCAUUUGGAGGGAGCUCUAAUAACAUGGGUUACGGGCGAGUUUUGAGCCCAUAUUUUGGUGGAAAUUCAAAUAGGUACAUUACCCCUAUUGGAUAUAAUCAAAACAGUGUGAGAAGUGACUCAUUUAUUGGUUCAUCCACUCGAAAUGUAUGGGGAAAUGGUGGGCUCACAAGCCCUGGUGGGUCAGGUGCGUACUUGGGUUCAGGAAGUGGCGGGUUUGGAGUUUUUGGAAAUGGGCCAAACUGGGGGUCAUCUCCUAUAUCUAGUCAAGGUGGAAUGAGCUCUUCUGGAUACAAUAAUGGAAGUAUUGGAUCUCUUGGGGGGCCAGAAAACAACUAUGGCCUUGGACUUGGAAGAAACGGACCCAGUGUAGGUCAGGAAGCGUCUUAUGGUAAUUUGUACCGUGGGGGUUCAAUGUAUGGUGACCCUACGUGGCAGUCUUCAUCUAAUGAGCUAGACGGUUCUGGUCCUGGUUCAUUCGGUUAUGGGCUCGAGAAUUCAGAAGAUGUUGGAAACUAUAGCAUUGCAAAUAGACAAACUAAUAGGGGGAUUGCUGCAUAGAAGUUUUCAAGCUUUGCAUACAAGAAGGUAACUUUAGGAGGAACUGUUAUUUUCGUAGAUAACCCUCUUUAGUAUACAACACAAGCAACAUUAAAAGCAAUGUGGUAUGCGGAUUCUUGAAAAGAUAUACUACAAGCUUUCAGGUUUAAAAGGGGUAUUUGGUGGCAAGUUUUGAUUUUUAAUUGACCUUAGAUUUCCGGCUGGACGACGGGUUCCACUUUUGAUGUGUUGUUGUGCAUCUUUUGAACGAGGGUGGUAGAAGAGUAGAUCAAUAAUUUCUGUUUCUCUUUUGGUUUCUUCCGGUUUUUAAUUUGUUCUUGUUGAGAUGUUGUAAUGUCUGGCAAAGUUGCCAGUACUUUUAUCUUUGUUUUCUGAGAAUGUACGUUCCGUUUCUGUUUGAUUUACAAAGUGUGAAUGAUUAGAAUUCGAGUUAAUAAUUUGACUGAA